AUGUGGUAUAUGAUAACCUUUUUUAUGCUGCUUUCUGCAGUGUGUGUGAUGCUGAAUUUGGCUGGUUCAAUCCUCUCUUGUCAGAAUGCUCAGCUAGUCAACUCCCUAGAAGGCUGCCAGUUGAUUAAGUUUGACAGUGUGGAGGUGUGUGUCUGCUGUGAGCUGCAGCACCAGUCGACCGGCUGCAGCAACCUCGGGGAGACGCUGAAGCUGAACCCGCUGCAGGAGAACUGCAACGCCGUGAGGCUGACCUUAAAGGAUCUCCUCUUCAGCGUGUGCGCCCUCAACGUCCUCUCCACCAUCGUGUGUGCAUUGGCCACAGCCAUGUGCUGCAUGCAGAUGGUCUCCGCCGACGUCCUGCAGAUGUUCCUCCCGCAGAGGUCGCAUUCUGCCAGCGCCGCCUGCGUGACCCCCCACGGCACCGUUCUGCACCGGACCCUGGAUUUCGACGAGUUCAUCCCCCCGCUCCCACCGCCACCCUAUUACCCUCCAGAGUACACCUGUACGCCCUCCACCGAGGCCCCCAGGGGCCUCCACCUGGACUUUGCUGGGUCUCCAUUCAGCACUUUGUAUGACGUGGCCAUCAACAGCCCUGGCCUGCUCUACCCUGCUGAGCUGCCCCCUCCGUAUGAGGCAGUGGUGGGCCAGCCCCCUGCCGGCCAGGUUACAAGUUCAGAUCAGCAAGUGGCUGAGACUAGCUCCGGGGACCCAAAUGCCACUGCUGGCUUCAGCACACCAGCACCAGCUGACAGUGCAAACCUGGUGUCCGAGGGUGCCGCUGCACCAGGUCCCAGCCACCCAUCCCCUGACAGCCCCAUGGGUGUCCCACCACCCCCACUACCCGCCCAACGCCUUGGUUGCACAUCUCUGGAGGAUCCCAGCACAGGCAGGCAGGCACGGCAAGGUCCCAGGCACGUGUCCCGCUCCACCAGCGACCCUACUUCAUGCACAUCUGGUGCGGCAGGUGAUGCCUCGUCACACACACCCUUGUGCAGCCAGGACCUAGAAGCAGGGCUGUCGCGGGCUGCUCCGGGGACGGUUUCCAAGUCUCGCUCUGCUGUGGCUGCCUGUCGGCCCCAGCUUUCACCACCUGGGAACCCAGACACCUGGAAAAUCAGCCAACAGCCAGCGCCAGAGGUCUUCACAGGGGUCUCCAAAGAGCGGCCACACUCUUUAGUGGACAGCAAGGCCUAUGCAGACACCAGAGUUUUGGUGGCUAAGUUUUUGGAACACUCGCACUGUGCCCUCCCUCCCGAGGUGCGGCAUGUGGUGGGCGCCAUCCGCGCGGCAGUGUCCUCUGAGGAGCGCCCCCUGGAGGAGGCUGUCUUCAGUGCUGGCGUCCCGGACCAGGUAUGA